AUGAGUAUUGUAGAAAUAAAUGUUGAUGAGUUUGAUGAAUUCGAUAGAUCUGAUGAAUCUGGUGAAUUUGAUGAGUUUGAUGAAUCUGGUGAAUUUGAUGAGUUUGAUGAAUCCGAUGAACCUGAUGAAUUUGAUGAAUUUUAUGAAUCCAAUGAACUUGGUGAGUCUGACGACUCUGGUGAAAAACAACAAAUAAUUAGUGAAUUUAUGGAAGCUGAUAUGAGAAUUCAUGAACUUUCAAUAACCUUGCAAGAACAUCCUGACAUUAAGUUUGAGGGAUGGCUUGCUUGGUGA